UCUGGCGCAUGGCAUCUCUCUGAUCUAUAUAUAUAUUCUUACGACGAGUACAGAAUUUCCACACCACAUCCUUCCUUACCAUUUAUUUACUGUUGAUAGUAGUAGCAACUAGCAAGUAAUCAAUGGUUGUAACACUAGGUCCGGGCAAAUUCUACGGCAAAAGCCUCCCAAGGCCGCGGAUCUACGAGGACGUGAAGUUCAACGACCGUCGAGUGGACCCUCCCGUGCCCGUCUUCGAUGCCCUGAUGUCGUGGGCCGAGGAGGCGCACUGGUCUAUGGGCGGCCUCAGCUUCAAGCACCACCGCCUUCAGGGUCGGAUCGAGGGCAACAUCAACAAGUUAAGGGAGGAGGAAGAGAAAGUGCAUCGGAAGUCAUCCGUCACCUCCCCUGUCAUGAGCACCCCUUCACCUCCGCCCGCGCCGCUCGCCUUGAAGCGAAAGCGGCGCUUGAUCUGUGAGGCCGAAGAUGACGAUGAGUCUCAUAAAGCGUUUCCCGUCAGGAAACUAGGCGAUGAUUUCGAUAGGAUAGCGCACGAAAGCGACGCAGCCGCACGGACCCGGGCACAGAAAGCCGCGGAUAUGGGGAUCGAGAAGAGGGGGCCAGCGACUCCCGGCGGGAAGAAGAGGGUUUCUCCAAGAUUUUCUAAGCGCGAGUUGUCAUGAAAGUGUUCGAUCCAUAAAGAUGUGUGCUUGUUCCUUUUAUUUUUUGAAAGGAAAUUUAAUGAACAUGUAUUGGGUUAUUAUUUCUGUGUUGUCAUUUCUGUCCAUAGAGGCACGGGUGAAAAACGGCUCUCGUUUAUCUAAUGGGGUGUCCUCUGUGAAUUGUUAAGGAUUUUAAAGGAAU